AUGUUCGCUUCCACUGCAACGACCAUGUUUCGUGCGGGCGCUGGUCGCUCUGCAAACGCCCUGCAGCCCACCCUCCUGCGAAACGUUGCCUGCCCAUACGCCGCGGGCCUAACCGCAUCCCCCUUCUCGAUGACCACCCCCGCUCCCAAGCAACCACAGGCCCGCCCGCUCUCAACCAGGCCGACGCCCUCCUCCCUCCUCGUCAAGUACCGCGUCGCCCAACCCCCGCGCCGCAACACCUCUAGCCACCACCACCCAACCCAAGCGGCAGCCACCCCGGACGCCGCGGCCGACGCCAACGCGGCCCAGACAGCGGCCAAGGCGGCGGCGACGGCGCACCCGGAGCAGGCGGUGCUGGACUGGAACAGCUUCUUCCAGCUGCGCAAGGCGCGGCGCCGAUGGCAGUCCGGGUUCAGCGUGGUGGGCGCGCUGGGGAGCGGGUCGUCGGGGGCGCUGGUGCUGAGCUCGGGCAUGGCGGACGGCCUGGUGAGCCAGAUCCCGCUGGAUCCGCUCAUCACGCUCGGGCUCAUGACCAUGAGCUGCGCGGCGCUGGGGUGGCUGGUCGGGCCCAGCCUCGGCUCGGCCGUCUUCAACGCGCUCAAGAGCAAGUAUAAGGGCCCCAUGGCCGUCAAGGAGAGCGAGUUCUUUGCGCGCAUCAAGAAGCAUCGUGUGGAUCCGAGCGCGAGCUCCGUCCGGAAUCCUGUGCCUGACUUUUACGGCGAAAAGAUCUCGAGCGUGGCCGGCUACAGGCAAUGGCUGAGGGACCAGAGAUCGUUCAACAAGAAGAAGGGAGGGUUUGUAUGA